GGGUAUUAGUAGACAUUAAAAUCAAUCAAAUUUUAUAAUACAAGUUUGGUCGAUGUCGAGCACUGACGAAACACAAGAGAAUCCGUUGACAAUUGUCUGGAAGAAUAACGACUCAAAGUUGUUGAGCUUCGACAGCGGCGAGUCAUCAAUGCAUAGCCGUUCACUCGGAUCAGACAUCAACGGCGACGAAGCCGUCGAUGAUGAUGACGACGAUGCUCUUGAUUUUGAUGACAAUGUCUUCAAUGAUGAUUUUGUAGACGAAGACAAUGAAGAGUCUGAUGAUGUAAACAAUGAGAAAGAAUUUGAAGUUGAGAUGGAGGCGGACGACUACAAUGACAAUGUUGUAAAUGAAAAACAAGAAUCGUCGGCACAGGUAGUCAACAGUACUACUGGUGURUCGUUACAUAUGAUGAGAAGAGCCCGCAGUUCACCGAUUCCCAUACGCAAGAAUCAAAGUCGAAACCGAAGACAAACAUAUUCGUUGAGCGAAAUGUCCACCGAUUCGGGUCACGCCUUCACUCCGUUGACAACGACGACAAUCACACCAUCGCUUUCUGCACCGUACGACUCUGGGAUCAACUGUCUGGUGGGUCAUCCGCCCUAUGAUUGCGGUUGUAAGCGCCGGCACUUUUUUGGCGGAGUCAAUAGCGCUCCACACAUGACUACACAACAAUCAGACGUGAGUGCAGCACAAGACUCAGAAACACUGCCAACAGUGCCGUCAAUAAUACUUCAAUCAUCAGCUUUAGAUGUAGUGAUGAGCGGCUCAUCACAAGACUCGCUGUCGUCGACAACAGAGGAACCGCCGCCGAUCGGUGCGCACCGCCGUAGUAGACAUGAGUCCACUGUUGGUGGUGUUGUUAGUGUCGAUCACAGUAAACCAUUGCCCGAUGUAGUGGUGAAUGUUGACAUUGUUGAGGUACGGCUACGAUCAUCGGUCACGAGCAGCGGCGGUCAUCAUCACAGUCUGGCUAGACGUGCCGUUUCGGUCAGUUUGCCCAUCGAUACCGAUACCAUACGAUCAGUGGGAAUGGGUUUACGGCAAAUCAGUGAAGAGUUUGAAACUACAGCCACAUCAUCGACAACGAUGCUAUCGGGUUCGGCUCCGGGAUCUCAAGGGAUUGUGGCCAAUGUGUUGGCAUCCUUAUCACUGCCGAGUCGAUUGCUAUCGUAUCGGUUUCGGUCGCAUCAUAUCCGGCGACACAAUGGACUCAAUGGUCGGCCCAGAAGUUUGUCGACAAACGAUGCACAGGAAGAUUAGGGCAACAAACUGUUUGUUUUGUUUGUUUGUU